GCAAUAGCAUCCAGCGACCCUUUGCCCGUCACCACCGAGGAGCUCACUCCGUCCUGGUUCUCCAAGGUGCUGGGGAAGCGGGUGAAGGAUGCAUCGAUUGUUGAGACGAUUCACGGAACUGCCUCCAAGAUCCUUGUCCAGCUGACGUAUGAGGAUCCAGCUGAUAGCCCAACAGCCAUCUGCGUGAAAGGCGGAUUCAACCCAGCGAUAUUGGCUCUUCAGCCGUCUCUGAGUCAGAUGUAUCAGCUUGAAGCCGAGUUCUACCAUUACAUCGGCCCGACCGUCCAGAUGCGUCUGCCCGAUGCCCAUUACUGCGCAAUAGACGAGGCGCACCAGCAGGGAAUUGUCGUGCUCGCGGAUCUCAAGGCCACGGGCUAUAGAUUUGGCAACCCGCUUGAAGCUUGGUCAGUUGAACGCGUCCGGGCUGGGGUAGAGCAGCUGGCUAUUUUGCAUGCCAGAACAUGGGGCGGCGAGCCGAAAGACUUUCCAUGGCUGAACAGAGAGUUCUCGAUCCGCGACAUUAUGCGAUCCUUGCUAUCUGCUGAAUCUUGGGAGGCAAGGUUCGGGAGUGACUCCAGACCCCCCGUGCCCGAUGAACUUGCAGAUCGUGAGCGGAUGGCCAGAGCCUUCGAGACGCUUUGGAGCAACACCGACACCAAGAUGAAUUGCAUCGUGCAUGGGGACCCUCACAUUGGAAACACAUUCAUCACACCCACGGGCGAGCCGGGGUUUCUCGAUUGGCAAUGCAUUUACAGAGGAUCAGCGAUUCAUGACGUGGCCUACUUCAUUGCUGGCUCACUCUCCCUCAACGACCGGAGGAAGAACGACGAGCAGCUUUUCCAGCACUAUCUCGACACACUGCACCAAAAAGGAGGGCCGAGGUUCAACAAGGAGGAGCUCUGGGAGGAGUACCGGAAGCACACACUACACGGGUUCAUUUGGAGUCUCGCCCUAUCCGAGAUGCAACCCAGGGAACUGGUUGACGCUAUGGCGAAGAGAUACUGUGCGGCUAUCAUAGACCUCAAGACCCUCGACCUGCUUGAGAGUCUU